AGGGCAGGUGUGGGCGCGCAGAGCCGCUACAGGGACGCGUGAGCGGAGUUCGCGGGACUCUGUGUCCGGCUUCAGGGCCCACGAACCCGCAGAGGCACCAUGGGCCGGAUCACGGAAGACCUGAUUCGACGGAAUGCCGAGCACAACGAGUGUGUGAUAUUUUCCCUGGAGGAGCUCUCCUUGCACCAGCAAGAAAUAGAGAGGCUGGAGCACAUUGACAAAUGGUGCCGCGAUUUAAAGAUCCUCUACCUUCAAAACAAUCUCAUCGGGAAGAUCGAAAAUGUCAGCAAACUCAAGAAACUCGAAUAUUUGAAUUUAGCUUUAAACAACAUUGAAAAAAUUGAAAAUCUGGAAGGAUGUGAGGGGCUGACGAAACUUGACCUGACAGUAAAUUUCAUCGGGGAGCUGAGCAGCGUGGAGACCCUCCGGGGCAACAUCCACCUGCGGGAGCUCUUCCUCGUGGGGAACCCGUGCGCCGACUUCGACGGCUACCGGCAGUUCGUGGUGGCGACGCUCCGGCAGCUAAAGUGGCUGGACGGGAAAGAAAUAGAACGUUCCGAAAGGAUCCAGGCGUUGCAGGACUUCCCUGAAGUUGAGCGACAAGUCAGAGAGCAGGAGAAAGCCUACUGCCGCAGACGAGCCCGAGACAAGAGCGAGGCCCAGAGGAAACUUCGAGAAGAGCAGGAGCGCGGAGAGAAGGAAGGCCACCCAGGCUCAGACGGACGCUGGGACGCAGACGUCGCUGCGGAUCCCCCACCUUCUGUGGGGAGCAGAGACCACCCCCAGGCACCGGAAGUACAGGAAGGGGAACCCAGCAAGAAGAAAGUAGACGACGUGGAAGAUGACCUGGAGUUCUGGAAUAAGCCCUGUUCGUUUACUCCUGAGUCUAGAUUGGAAACUCUUAGACAUAUGGAAAAGCAACGAAAAGACAAAGAAAAAUUAAGCGAAAAGAAGAAGAAAGGGAAACCACCCAGGAUGUUGGUCACUGCAGAUGGCAGGGCCCUGAACGCGAACGAGCCCAAACUUGACUUCUCUUUGAAAGAUGAUGAGAAACGCAACCAGAUCAUCCUGGACCUGGCCGUGUACAGGUACAUGGAUACCUCUCUCAUCAAUGUUGACGUGCAGCCAACUUUCGUGCGAGUAACGGUCAAGGGAAAGCCAUUUCAGCUCGUCCUUCCGGCAGAGGUGAAACCUGACGGCAGCUCUGCUAGAAGGUCUCAGACGACAGGGCAUCUGGUCGUCUGCAUGCCCAAGGUGGGAGAAGUGAUCACAGGGGGCCCGCGAGCGCCCGCGUCUGUGCCGAGUACCUCGGAGAGCAGCAGGGAGCACACAGGCGAAAGAAGCAGACAAACUGAGAAACUCGAGGUGGAUCCCAGUAAGCACUCGUUCCCCGACGUGGCUAACAUAGUCAGAGAGAAAACACCCGCACCCAGAAGAGUCCGACCCGAACCCAAAGUCAUGCCACAUGAGGAAGAUCCAGGCUUUGAAGAUGACCCAGAAGUGCCCCCGCUGAUCUGACACGUCAGGCUGCAGCGACUGGGGCCCCCUCCCAGGACCCAGCUUUGCUCAGCGCGGAGAGUGUAUGCAUCUCGCUUAUGGGACACACACAGAGCUAUUUACCAACAUCACCACCCCAGUGUCGGAGCUCCCACUUGCUGCAGUAAUAUUCUUAAACCACUUUAAAAUGAACAGUGUACCUUAAAUGUGCU